CAACCGAAGACACGCGCGCGACGGUUAUUUCAUUUUUAUCGUAUUUUUCGUAUUCGUCCGACGAGAGCGCGCGCGCCCGAGGCAGUUAGCCCGCCACGGUUUCACGUGCGUUGUCUGCCACGGUUCGCGCGUUCCGUUUGUUUCGCGCACACGGCGAUAAAAUAAUAUAAWAUAUGCAUAAAGAAUAAUUUCACGACCCGUCGCCCGUUUUACGUGUACUCCGUAUUGUUAUUGUAUAUUUCCGUACGAAUCACAAUAAUUAUACACUAUAUUGCUUCUAUAUAACAUACGUAUAUUAUUAUUAUUUAGACGUGGUGUUUUUUUAUACAUAUUUUUUGUAUACAAUUUUUUUUUACCGUUCGUUUUUGCCGCGCUACCGUCGUCGUCUUCUCCGACCGACCGACCGACCGAUACAACAACGACUCUCGAGAACAUAWUAUUUUAAUUAUUCCGAGUGUUCGGGCCACGCACCUGUAGCAGGAGUGCAGGACGCCGUCACCACUGCUGCUGUAGUGCGCGCGUGUGUCCCAGUGCAGUUUAUGCCGACCACUUUGUUAUAUCGCCGCUGCCACUGCUGUCGCCGUCGUCCAUUUCAAUGAUGAUAAUAAUAAUAAUAAUACAUAAACCGUAACCUCUCGUCCUCUCGUCUUCGUCGAGGAGAAUCCUACACUACGUUCGUACGUCGCUGCGUGGAACACACGUGUAUGCGCGUGUGUAUUUAGUCGUCCGUCCGUCUGUGAUAACAUUUUUUUAUUUUUUUAUCUUUUUUAAGUUUUUUUUUAAAGUUUUUCAUUCAAUUUUAACCAUUCACAAUUUGGACCAAAAUAACAUAAACCGACAAAAGUGAUAGAUUUUUUACCACUAAAAGUUGGUGUAACUUUUGAAAAAUGAAGAAAGAAGAACCAGCUAACGUGGAGACUGGAUUGGUCAUUAAACAAACCCGGUCGAUGAACUGUUCAAGAAUAUUAAAUCUUAUGGUUUUAUUUGGAUUUAUGGUCAAUUAUAUGUUACGAGUUAACUUCACAAUUGCCAUCGUAGACAUGGUGCCCACCAAUAAGCAUAAUAAUGUCUCGACAGAACAAGCCACUAAUUUUUCAACUUCACCUUUAAAUGAUACCAAUGCUACUGUUAGUUGGACACAUUCUAAUCCACCUGGUGUCACGAAAUUCAAUUGGUCCGAGUAUGAACAAAAUAUGAUAUUGGGCAGUUUCUUUUGGGGUUAUGUUCUUACGGAAUUGCCAGGUGGUCGUUUGGCUGAAAUGAUUGGAGCUCGACCAGUAUUCGGCUACUCUAUGCUGCUAGCGUCAAUGGUUACCCUAUUGACACCUAUGGCCGCCAAAAUCAGUAUAUAUUGCCUUAUAUUUUGUCGGGUGUUUUUAGGAUUUACUUUAGGAGUAACAUGGCCGGCUAUAUUACCACUUGCUGCCAAUUGGAUUCCACCAAAUGAACGCAGCAAGUUCAUGUCCAACAUGAUGGCUUCUACUUUAGGUGCAGCUAUUACAUUACCAAUUUGUGGAAUACUAAUUUCUGCAUGGGGAUGGGAAUCGGCAUUCUAUAUCACAGGACUAGUAGGUCUUACUUGGUCUAUCAUGUGGUUUAAUUUAGUUUUUGAGACUCCUGCCGAUCAUCCUAGAAUUACCGAGUUCGAAAAACAUUAUAUUGAAACAGAAAUCGCCAAGCAAAGCAAACCGGGUACAAAGCCAAAAAAACUGCCAUGGAUACAAAUACUUACGUCAUUACCUGUAUGGGCCAUAGUUAUUACACACGGAGCUAGUGUCUUUGGUUACUUUACUAUUGUCAAUCAGUUACCUACUUACAUGAAGUAUUUACUUCAUUUUGACAUUAAAUCGAAUGGUUUUCUAUCUAGUCUCCCUUAUUUGGGUAAAUAUUUAAUGGCAUUGUUAGCUGGAAUAAUUGCUGAUCGUCUACUGAAUUCUGAAAAAAUAUCUAAGACAAUGACUCGAAAAAUCUUCACCUUUAUCGGAGUAUUUACGCCAGGAAUUUUGAUGAUUCUACAAGUGUAUUUUGGAAAUAAUCAAGUGUGGUCGGUUAUUAUAUUCACUAUUGCAUUGACGUUGAAUGGAGCAGUGACGGGUGGUUAUUUGGGAAACGGUUUGGACAUAGCUCCAAAUUUUUCUGGCACAAUAUUUGGAAUGGCAAAUACAUUGUCUUCGUUCGGAGGGUCGUUGUCAUCAUACUUGGUGGGAAAACUAACAAACAACAAUCAAACAUUUGAGCAAUGGUGCAUUGUAUUUUGGAUUUUGGCUGGGACUUACAUGUGUGGCGCUAUGGUAUUUUUAAUAUUCGGAACUGCAAAAACGUUAUCGUGGAAUUCAGGACCCAGCGUCGACGAAUCAAAUGGUAUUUCGACGAACGAAUCGGAAGUGAUGAAACCAUUGAAAAAUCCUUCAAGUUCUUAAUGAUUUAACGAAGAUCCAGUCUUUGGAACAAAGACAAACAAACUAUAUAACGACCACUGUGAAUUAAAUGUACAGAUUACAWUUUUUCUUUUUAAACAUUGUAUAUACAUUGACGUUAGUAUUUAUUUCAAUAAUAAUAUCUAACACUUGAUAUCAAGUGAACUAUUAUAAAAUUAUACACACGUUGAUAGACAUCAUUAAGAGACUAAUACAAUAAAAAUAAAUUUUAAUAUUUUUUA